CAAAUAAUUACAAAUAAAAAACCUAUUUUUUUAAUCAGUAUUUCACUCAUCAUGGAUUCUUUCAACUUAUAAUCUCCCUCUCUAUUCUCCAGGGUGGCGGAUCUUCAUCGAAGUAACGCCUGGAAUCAGCCCCCCGUCUUGAUUCUCUCCCUUAUCGUCAUUAAUUUCUUGCUGGUUUUUUGUUUGAUCAAACUUUGGGGUUAUUGAGGAAGGAACGAUGCACAGGAUCCAAAUAUAGUGGAAGAGUUCAUUAGCUUGUGUCUUAUAACUGAGCCGCGUCAAUUUUUCUGAUAAGUUACGGGGGAAGCCCUAGUUGAGGAUUUGAAACUCUAGGGAUUUGUUUUCAGUUAAUGGAACAUCUUCCAGUUGAAGUUAUUGGGAACAUUUUGUCACGGCUAGGAGGCGCUCGGGAUGUGUUGAUAGCUUCUGCAACAUGUCGGAAGUGGCGAGAAGCUUGUCGUAAACACCUUCACACCCUUUCAUUCAAUUCCAAUGAUUGGCAUGCUUAUCAUGAUCUCACGCCUGGUCGACUAGAGAUAUUGAUAACUCAAACAAUAUUCCAAACCACUGGAUUACAAGGCUUGCCAAUUUUGAUGGAUGAUGUUGAUGAUUUUUCUGCUUCAACAGUUAUUGCUUGGCUCAUGUACACCAGGGAAACCUUGCAUCAAUUGAUUUAUAAUGUUCGGACUACUCCGAAUGUUAAUAUUCUCGAGAUUUGUGGCAGGCAGAAGCUGGAAACUUUGGAACUGUCCCAUAACUCGAUAACAGGGGUUGAACCCAAUUUUCAGAGGUUCCCCUGUUUAAAAUCCCUUUCUUUGAGUUAUGUCAGUAUCUCAGCAUUGGAUCUCAAUCUUUUACUCACUGCUUGCCCGAAGAUUGAGACCUUGGGGCUUGUUAAUCCAGAGAUUGCAAUGUCUGAUGCACAGGUGACUGUUGAACUGAGCAGCCCAACAUUAAAGAGUGUUUAUGUCGAAGCAAUUAGUUUGGACAAGUUUAUAUUGGAAGCAGAUAGCAUUGAAAGCUUGCACUUGAAGGAUUGUGCUCUUGAGCUAUUUGAACUCAUUGGAAAGGGUACUUUGAAGCAUUUCAAAAUUGAUGACGUGAGUGUUAUUCAACUUUAUAUUGGCGAGACUGUUGAUAAUCUUGAGAGCAUAGAUGUCAGCAACUUCACUAUUUUUUGGCCAAAGUUCUACCAAAUGAUCUCAAAAUCAUCUAAGUUAAGGAAACUUCGUCUUUGGGAAGUAGUCUUUGAUGAUGAGGAUGAGAUUGUGGAUUUAGAAAAUAUUGCUGUUUGUUUCCCGCAUCUCAGCCACCUUGCAUUAAGUUAUGACUUGAGAGAUGGAGUGGUUAACUAUGGUCUACAAGGUUCUUCCCACUUGGAAAAUGUCAUUACCUUGGAGCUAGGGUGGACUGCAAUUAAUGAUCUCUUUUCUCUUUGGGUGGAGGGACUGCUAAAACUUUGUCCAAAUCUCAAGAAGUUGGUGAUUCAUGGUGUUGUUUCAGAGGCCAAAAGUCACGAAGAAUGCCAAAUGUUGGCCAAUUUUACCUCAUCCAUAGUUCAGCUCAUGAGAACAUACAUGCAUGUAGAUGUGCAGUUCGAUUAUGAAUAGAAAUCUCGUGAUUACUUUUCGUCCUUGUUUAUGUUUUGACUUCUAAACGAGUUACAUACAACAUACGCCGGGUAAGAUUCGCAGCAUUUAUAACCUGAGCAUGAGCAUCCCUUUCCAUGCCCUGUAAAUGAUAUCUGAAUUCUUCCUUAUAAUUGCAACUUGCUUUUGCAACAGAAACAUGUUUUCUUUU